AUGCCCAGUGAACCUUCUCCAGGAGUAUCCAAUGUUGCUAUAACGGACUAUAGAGAUAAAAGACCUGAUGACAAAGUUGUGAAUUACCUUUUUGAAAAAUUAUUAUCGGUGAGAAACUUUUCAGCGCAUGCUAUUGACUCUUUGCGAAAGCAAACCAUAGAUAGAAAGUGGGAGUUGGUAGUUAGGGAACACGAAACCAACGCAUCAUUUGACAUGUCGAACUUACCUAAACUAUCAAGUCUAUUAGAAGCUUCUUCUACGGGACACCUGCAACUGCGGCAACAAUCUUACCAAAUACCACGCGGGAACGAAUCUCAAUCAACAUUUAACUCAUCUUCUGAAGACGCUGUUUCUCUUCUGCAUCGAGAUAACUCAAAUUCCGAUCAGUCAAAUACUUUCAAAAAACUGAAUCAAAUUGCCAAACUAGAGAACGAUAAACACAAGGAUGGAACUCCCGAAUGGUAUGUGUCGCGUAUUAUGGCGGGAAAAUUGACUGUAAAAGAUUUGAAAAAGCUUGAAAAACGAUUAAACAUUGAAAACAUUACCACUGAACAAAGUGCAACCUGGAUUCAAAGUUUUCUUAUCGCGCAGGGGGAAAGCGCACUAGCGGUUAUCUUGGCCAAAAUUGGCAAGAAGACUAUCAAGUCCAACGAAGAAUUUGACAAGGAAUAUCUUUUAGUCAAAUGUCUCCUGCAUAUCAUCAAUUUUGAAAGUGGAGAAGAGAUGGGCAAAGUGGUACUAAAUGACAAAGACGUGUUGAGAAACAAAAGCAUAUUGGUCAAGGCACUAAUUCACGCCAUAAUUUCACCGAGAUUGACCACCAGAAUCUUAGUGACACAGGUAUUGGCGACAUUGUUGCAUUAUUGUCACAGUGAAGUCUAUCACGUCAUUGUUCACCAAUUUCGAAGUUUACAAACCGAUUCUCAUUACAACAAUAGUAACAACAACAACAAAAGCAGCAAGGAACACGGUCAUAAUCGAAUUGGACUGAGAUUUCAAACUUGGAUAGCUACUUUUGAAGCCACGCUUUCAAAAGGUACAUGGAGUAGUAAAUUUAGUGCAAACUUACGCAAUUAUAUAACAAUCACCUUGGUUUUGAUCAACUAUAUUGUGAACCUUGCAGGUUCAGUGAAGAAUAGGAUGUCAGUGCGUCAUGAAUUAAAUGAUGCUCAUAUCUUGAAAGUAUUUGAAAAGAUUAAGAAAUUUGGAGACGAGAAGAUAACAAAUGAGUUAGAAUGUUACGAAUAUUACGCCAUUGAAGAUAAUGAACUUUUACUCGAGGAAAAAAAGAGAUUGAAUAGAAAAGGUCUACCUCAACUACCCACUGCAGUUAAUGCUGAGGAAUUGUUUGAAAAUAUUAGUCUGUCUGAAUAUGAUAGUUUACUCGAAGAAGCAAGUUCAGGAAGCUAUAGUAGCACCACCUUGGAUUUGCCGUAUGUGGAAAAUAUAGCAGUGCAAGUGGUGCAACAACUGCUGCAUCAACAACUACCGCAACAACACCUGCAACAACAACCGCAACAACACCUGCAACAACUACCGCAACAACACCUGCAACAACUACAACUGCUGCUGCCGCUGCGUCAACCAUCAGGAUACGAUGGCACUGAAGUUCCAGAAACUUUGGAGCCUCCAAAGAGUCUAAAUAGGAGAUUGGGCGAUGUAUUUACCAAACUUGUCGAGCUAGAAGAUACCACACCACCAAACACCUCGAAUUAUGCAACAAAGAAUAUAAUUGCUCUAAUGGAAUGCAUGCUUGACCAAUUAACAACUGGAACGUUGACGAAGAAUGGUGAGAUAUCAAGUGUUACAAUUCAACGAUUAAUUGAUGGUUUGUCAUCGGAAAUGAUUGCACGGACGGCUGUAGCAGAGUCGCGUAAGCUAGAACGAGAAGUCCAAAGAUUGAAAGAGAUCAAUAUUCAUUUAAGCAAAACCUUGAAAGAAACUAAACUAAACUCAAAACAAGUUCAAGAAAAAUUACAGCUGCAACUGCAACUGCAAGAACAAUUGAAAGAACAAGUGAACAUACCUAUAGAAUAUACUUAUCAAGCAGAGGAAAUUGCUCAACAAAAGAAACAAAUAUCUUUGCUACAAAGACAGGUGAAAACUUUGGAAGAAGAUAGGAGUAGAAUAUUCCGCAACAAAACCGUGAAUACUUCACUUGAUGAUCUUAGCUCCAAUAGGUUAGGUAAAGAUACUUUAAAUAAAUCAGGCGUUGCUAACAUUGAGUCACUGGCGAAUGAGUUCAAAGUAGGCGAGUUGAGUGAUCGGUCUGGGACAAUUCAACGACCACCCACCCCACCUGGCUUAUUUAUGAAGAAAACUAAUUCAAGAAGUUCUAAAAAUUCUGCAAGUUCAAGCACUCAAGGCAGUCCUGUUCGGUCUAAUCAAAGAUUAAAUGCUGGAUCACCAUUAAUUCUGGAACAUGCAUUUUUUGCACAUAUUAGAAACGAAAGAAAAAAUCCUCUAAAUAAAGAGGGAAACUUGCCAGUUAACGCAAGUUCUUCAAAAUCUACAUCCAACAAUGGAUUAUCGCAACUUGAGCUGCUAUCAAAUGUUGAUAGCAAUGAGCAACAAGCUACGGUGCAGACUAACUCCACUGAUGCUUUGCGUACAACGUUGACACCUUCUUCUGCUUUGUCUUUUGUUCCCCCUGCUCCUCCGGCACCACCAAUACCGGGUUUUAUGAAAGUAUCAUCAUCACCACCAUCAUCAUCACAUCCUCAACCUUUAGGCAAUGCAACACCUAUCGGUAAUCAGGCAUCUCCACCACAGCCACAGCCACCGUCACCUCCGCCUCCUCCUCCGCCUCCUCCGCCUUCAUUGAUUCCAUUUGGUGCACCACCUCCUCCCCCUCCUCCCCCUCCUCCCCCUCCUCCACCUUCUCCUCCGCCACCUUUACCACAGCCUACUUCUAAUGGUGACAAAUCUAAUAUGACACCAACAACACCAUCAUCGCCAGUUUCAUCAAACAUUUCAACCACUGCUGUUACUCAAUCUCAAAACAAAAUCAACGAAUUUCGACCAAAAACAAAGUUGAAACAAUUACACUGGCACAAAUUAAAUAAUAUUGACAAUACUUUUUGGCAAGAUAUUGAAGAGUCCGAACUUUCAAAAGAACUUUUGCGACAAGGUGUUUUCGAAGAAAUUGAAAAACUGUUUGCUGCAAGUCUUCCUAAGCUGAAGAAACUGGGGAUGCUUGACAGCAAUGGUAACCCAACAUCUUCUUCAUCCUCUUCUCUUCUUUCUUUAUCAUCAACAGCAGCAACAGCAACAGGAGCAACAACUACCUCGGCUGAAAUGAGGAAAGUAAGCAUCUUAUCUCGCGACCUUGCUCAAGAAUUUGGGAUCAACUUACAUAUGUAUUCAAAUGACAGUGUGGAAAAAUUUGUGUCCAAAGUCUUGAGAUGUUCACUGGAUAUAACUGAAAAUAUCAGUGUUAUUGAAUUUUUCAAUAGUGAUGCAAUGAAUGAAAUUAGCGAUACUUUGACGAAAAAGUUCAAGCCAUACUCAUUAGAUUUUUUGGGAGACAAGAAAGAACCAGAAAAGGAUCCUAAUGAGUUAGAGAGAGCAGACAGAAUAUUCUUGGAAUUGAGUUUCAAUUUGAGACAUUAUUGGAGAGCAAGAUCUAGAGCACUUUUGUUUACCCAAACGUAUGCAAAAGAUGAUCAAGACUUGAAACAAAAACUAAGAAACAUUGAUCGUUGCUGUACAGUACUAAAAGAGUCGGAGAGCAUUCGAAAUGUUUUGGGGGUAUUGAAAGUGCUUGGUAAUUUUAUGAACGAAGCUUCAAAGCAAGCACAUGGGUUCAAGUUGGAAACAUUGCAAAGACUAAAACUUAUGAAGGAUGAACUGAACUCCAUGAGUUUCUUGCACCAUCUCGAAAAAAUUCUACGACAAUCAUUUCCAGAUUUUUGUUCCUUUGUCGACGACCUCAGUGUAUUAAAUGAUGUUCAAAAUCUCUCUCUUGAUCAGUUGGAACUUGAUUGUAACGAGAUGACCAAAUCCGUCAAGAUAAUUACAGAUGCCAUGGAAAAGGGGAAACUUAGUCGCAAGAGUGAAUUGCAUCCUUCUGAUCGUAUUUUAACGGUUAUUGCAAAUCCUAUGCAAAAGGCAAAAGAGAGAAUUGCGUUGUUGCAGACACACUUGAAACGUACAAUGGCACAAGUUGCAUCGCUUAUGACUUAUUUUGGUGAGGAUCCGAGCAAUGUUGGUAGUAGAGAUUCUUUUUUCGCCAAAUUUGUCACGUUUGUCGAUGAGUUCAAGAAAGCACACAUUGAAAAUGUACAAAAGGAGGAAGAGUUAAAGAUUUAUGAAGCUAGGAAGAAGAAAAUUCAAAAUAAUAUUGACAUAAAUGAGAGCAAGAAAAAAAGUAAUGAAGUAAACGAAAAUAUUGAAAAUAUUGAAAAUAUCGAAGAUAAUGAAGAUAAAAAUUUUGUCGACUCCGUAGAGGAGUCAUCUGCAGUGAUUGAUUCGCUUAUGGCGAAAUUAAGAGCCGAUACAAAGAAAGGUUUCAAGGGGAUAAAGGAUAGAGAGACUAGGCGUGCUCGAUACAAAUUGAUGAAUGCAAAUUCCGUCACACCGACAUCUACAAAUGAUGAUAUAGAUGCCAAUACAGUUACAGUUGUAACUAAACCUGUUGUUUUAUUGGCUGAAAUUGAUUCAAAUGUUGCUGAGCCCAUCGAAUAUAAGAGCGUUAAUAAUCUAAAAAGGCGAAUGACAUCGAGGAGAAAGAAUGCCCCGGAUGUUGCUGCUUUUGCACGAACGGAUCUGGAACUCACGAGGGCACAAACAAUGUUGUAUCAUCUUCGAAAAGAAAAUAUUCUGGCAGGAACAGAAAAUAUUUCCAUAGACGAGGAAACGAAAAAAAAAAGUUUACAGUAA